AUGAAUUUUUUGAUAAGUUGUGUGAAGGGCGAGACCCUUCAGGAGUACUGGUGGUGCACUGAACACACCCUUGACUGGGGCCCCAUCGGCGGACCUGACCUCAUCGUUGACGACGGCGGCGACGCCAUGUUGCUAAUCCAUGAGGAUGGGUUGAAGACCGAUUCUAAAAGGUAUCGUAAGAUGAAGGAUAGGCUCGUUGGAGUUUAUGAAGAGACUAUCAUUGGAGUUAAGAGGCUUUAUCAUAUGUAUAUUAUGGAUGAGCAUUUGGACUACAUUAACUUAAAUGAUGAAAUUAGGAAUGACAUACAUGUUGAAUUGGGUGAUGACUUAUUGAAUAUGGAUGAUGAUCCAAUAGAUUACAUCAACUUCAGUGAUGAUGAAAUUAUAGAAGAGAUGCCUCGUAAUUUAGGAGAUGACAUAUCGAAUGCUUUAACUGAUAACAUUCCAAAUGUCAUUCCCUUGACACCGACAAAGAAUUCUAAUAUUUUGAUUGAGGUUGGAAUGGAAUUUUCCGAACAAAAGGAUGUAGUGGUCUUGUAUACAACAUAUGGCAAGGUAAAAGGUUUCGGAAUCCGAAUACGAACAAGGAGGGGUAAUUACUUCGAGCUAGUUUGUGCUAGACAGGGUCAUCCACCACAAAAAAAUGAUAAAGAUAUUGCUCAAGUUUUUCAGACCAAAUUAAAGAAGACAUCAUCAUUACGCGUUGGGUGUGAAGCUUUUUUAAGUGCUUAUAAAAGUCAAAACACAAAAAUAUGGAGAAUUACACAAUUUAACGACAACCAUAAUCAUGGUCUUGUGACUCCAAAGAGUGUUCGUUAUCUCAGAUCACACAAAAAAAUGUCUGAUGCUGCAAGAUCAUUGGUUGAACAAUUUAGUGAUGCAAGCUUGCCCACAGGAAAAGUAGCUACCAUCUUCAAAGGCGAUGAGUUAUCAUUUAACAGUCGAGAUUGUUAUAAUCAUCUAAAAAAUUCAAUCUUGUUCGGAUGUGCUUUAUUGAAAGACGAAACAGAAGAUACUUUUGUGUGGCUAUUUAAGGAAUGGCUUCGAGGAAUGAAUGAGAAACAUCCGGGUGCCAUAAUUACUGAUCAGGACAUGUCAAUUACCAAUGCAGUAUCCAAAGUUUUCCCAAAAAGCAAGCAUCGAUUUUGUGUGUGGCACAUCACAAAAAAGUUUCCAGAAAAAUUGUCUCAUGUCUAUCAGCAGCAUGCCACAUUUAAGAGUGAUUUCAAUAACUGUAUCCAUACAAAAAAGAGCACUCAAGAUUUUGAAGACAAAUGGCAACGUAUUCUUGAUAACUUUGGUCUUCAUGAGAAUGAGUGGUUGCAGUCACUUUAUUCAAUUAAAUCGUCUUGGAUACCAAUCUUUAACAGAUCCAUUUUCUUUGCUGGUAUGAGCACCACUCAGCGUAGUGAAAGCAUCAAUUCAUUCUUUGAUGGUUUUGUUACAUCUGGCACAACCUUAAAGGAGUUUGUAGAAAAAUAUAAUCAAGCAGUAGAUGCUCGUUAUGAUUCAUUCAAAAAACAAGACUUUGAAUCUAGGCAUAAAGAAAGGCGUUUAACAUUGAAUAUGCCAUUGGAAGAGCAUGCAGCUAAGGUAUACACACGUGCAAUUUUCACAAAGUUUAGUGAUGUACUUUCUCAUAGUUUUCCUCUCUCUAAGGAGAAACUUGGAAAUGAUGGUGAGUUGGUUACCUAUCGAGUUUUUAAUAGGAAAGACAAGGAUUAUUCUGCAACGGUGAAGAUGAAGUUGGAAAAUAGAGAAACUAGAUGUUCUUGUCAAUAUUUUGAGUUCAUGGGAAUCCCAUGUGAGCAUAUUAUUGCUAUUUUUUCGGUUGAAAAUGUUGAGCAGAUCCCUGAACAUAUGAUUUUGCGAUGCUGGAGCAAGGAAGGAAAUGAUAUAAUUAGUACCAAUAAGGACAUUUGUAAUUUUGAUGGAGAAGGACUCCUUCGCGGCUUUGAAAUACACAAUAGAGUUUCAAAACUUAUUAAGCUUGCAGAUAGGUCCAAUGAAGCAGCUAAAUUCGCUUAUGAUGGUCUUGAUUCUCUCACUGAAUCUUUAGAAAAAUUUCCAACACCUGAUGAUAGUAUUAGUCUUGAGGAUUUUGAAUCACAUUACUUGAGUUCUCAAAUUAAAGAGUCAUCUAUGAUGAGAUUGAAUGAUCCUAACAUUUCACAAACGAAAGGUCGAAAAAGGGAGUCACACAAUAUCUCACAGGGACGUAGAAUUCAUAGUGGGAUUGAAGAAGCAUAA